AUGUUAAUUGAAGAAGAUGGGAGAUGCAAAGCUUCUUCGUCUGCAGGUCAAUCCCCUUACAAGUGGCAGAAUAUUUGGCAUGCAGGUUUACCACCAAAGGUGAAGCUAUUUGCGUGGAGAAGCGUAUGGGAGGGGCUGCCUGUGAUGAGCCGCCUUGUUGCUAGAGGUAUGCAGGUUGAUACAAUAUUCCCUAUGUAUGGGGAGGGGGAGGAGACUACAGCACACAUGAUUUUGGAGUGUCGUGCUGCUAGCUCCAUAUGGAGACAUUAUGUGCUUCGUCUUGAUACUAGACAGGUGGAUAUGGGUAGCUUUAGGGGCUGGUGUUGCUUGAUGCAAGAUAAAUACAAAGACUCGAAAUGGUGGGAUGUGUUUUGGAGCAUAGCUUGGGGAAUUUGGCUUAAGCGAAAUAUAUGGAUUUUUGAGAAAAAAGAGAGAAGGGAAUCUGACAUUCUUUAUAAGGCUAUGGGUUUGAUUGGAGAGUAUGAGGAAGAAAAUUUAAGGGAGAAUAUUCUGAAUACAAACGCAGCUUUCCACGGCCAGAUUUUGGGGAUAGGUGGAGUGUUAAGGGACGACUCUGGAGCUGCUGUUGUAGCUUAUUGCUCGACUAAAAAAGGAAGUUUCGCUGUUGAUGUGGGCGAGGCUAUCGCAAUGAGAGCAAGCUUGUGA